UCCUUACUGCCAUAAUGGAUGAUUUAAACCUGCACUACCGAUUUCUCAACUGGAGGAGGAGGAUCCGGGAAAUCCGAGAAGUGCGAGCUGUCCGGUACCAAGAGCGAUUCAAACAUAUCCUUGUAGAUGGAGACACUUUAAGUUACCAAGGAAACUCUGGCGAAGUCGGCUGUUACGUUGCGCCUCGUCCACUGACCAAAGACAACAAUUAUUUUGAGGUAUCCAUCGUGGACAGUGGCGUGCGAGGGACUAUCGCGGUGGGCUUGGUGCCGCAGUACUAUAGCCUGGACCAUCAGCCCGGAUGGCUGCCGGAUUCAGUUGCCUACCACGCCGAUGAUGGCAAGCUUUACAAUGGCCGAGCCAAGGGCCGUCAGUUCGGGACGAAGUGCAGCUCCGGGGACCGAAUUGGCUGUGGGAUCGAGCCCGUAUCUUUCGAAGUCCAGACAGCCCAGAUAUUCUUCACCAAAAACGGGAAGAGGGUGGGGUCAACGAUCAUGCCGCUCUCUCCGGAGGGGCUCUUCCCAGCCGUGGGGAUGCACUCGCUGGGGGAAGAGGUCCGGCUCCACCUCCAUGCGGAACUGGGCAACGAGGAGGAGGACGACAGCAUCAUGAUGGUGGACAGCUACGAGGACGAAUGGGGCCGGCUGCACGAUGUGAAAGUCUCUGGCACACUCUUGGAGUACAUGGGGAAGGGGAAGAGCAUCAUUGACGUGGGCUUGGCACAGGCACGGCAGCCCCUGAGCACAAGGAGUCACUACUUUGAGGUGGAGAUCGUAGAUCCGGGAGAUAAAUGCUACAUCGCCCUUGGCCUCGCUCGCAAGGACUACCCGAAAAAUCGGCAUCCUGGCUGGAGCAGAGGAUCUGUAGCUUACCAUGCAGAUGACGGCAAGAUCUUUCACGGGAGCGGAGUCGGGGAUCCCUUUGGGCCCCGCUGCUACAAGGGAGACAUCAUGGGCUGUGGGAUCAUGUUCCCGCGUGAUUAUAUCCUCGACAGCGAAGGUGACAGCGACGACAGCUGUGACACGGUGGCUAUCCGGGCCAAGCCCCGGGGCGUGAGGAAUGUCCUGUACCUGAACCAGGAAGCAGAGGAAGAGGACGAUGAAGAGGAUGAUGGCGAAGACAUGGAGCAGGAGCACGAGGGCAAGAAGGUGGUGGUGUUCUUCACACGCAACGGGAAGAUUAUCGGCAAGAAGGAUGCCGUGGUGCCAUGUGGAGGCUUCUUUCCCACCAUUGGGAUGCUGAGCAGCGGGGAGAAAGUCAAGGUGGAUUUGCACCCGCUCAGCGGCUAAGGACCUGGGGGU